AUCAGUUACCCCGAACCCCAACCGUAGUGACUCCAACUCUCCAACAGCUCCAAUAUGCAACACUCCAGUCACCGAUAACCUUGGACUUUCAUCAUCACUCCUGAGUUCAUCAUCAAGAAAGACCAUGGAUCAGUUCCCAGGUGUCGCAGUCGUGACUGGUGCAGCGAGAGGCAUCGGCGCAGCCAUCGUGACCGGCUUCGCAGAGUCGGGCUGCCACCGCAUCGCAAUCACCGACAUCCUCGAGACCGAACUCGGCGAACUUCGCCAGUCACUCCUCACCCGCUUCAACGGGAAUCCAAACGACGACCCCAAAAGCCUCACAAUCCUCGCCGUACCAGGCGACAUCACCUCAGAACCCUUCAUCGAGUCCUUUUUCACGACCACAAAAACCAAAUUCAGCCGCAUCGACUACCUCGUCAACGUAGCCGGCGUCGGCAAGCCCUACCGGCGCUCCAUCGAAGUCGACGUGCAAGAAUUCGACUUUAUCAACAACGUCAACUACCGCGCCGCAUGGCUCUGCUCGCGGGCCGCGCUGAAGAUAAUGACUGUCCAGGAACCACUCCCUUCACCUUCACCUUCAGCCAGUACGAACGAGAGCUGGACCCGUCCGCCGCAGCGUGGGUCAAUCGUCAACAUCGCUUCACAGCUAGGCGUCGUAUCGCGCCCCGGCGCGUCGGCGUACUGCGCCUCCAAGGCGGCUGUCAUAGGAAUGACGCGGGCGGAUGCGAUCGACUACUCAAAGGACGCGAUCAGAGUGAAUGCCGUCUGUCCCGGGAUUGUGGAGACGGAGAUGACUACGUUGGAUGGAGUUGUGCGGGAGGGGCUGAGGGAGUCUGUCAAUAUUGCGCCGAUGGGGCGCAUGGGGAAUGUGAGGGAGAUUGCAGACUGUGUCUUGUUUUUGAGUUCCUACAGGGCGUCGUUUGUGCAGGGGCAUGCGAUGGUUGUUGAUGGGGGGUAUGUUAUUAAUUGAUUGGUGGUUCAAUAUUUCUACACUUUCAUCUCAUAUUUCUCGUCUCAGUGGUGGAAGAGACUUGUACUUUUUGGCGGCGCCACGUAUCCAUGGCCUCUGAUGCCGAUAUCAACUAGAAUAGGACCCUAUCGAGUUAACCAUUCACCACAUACGUAUCAGAAAGAAGAGAGUAGCUUACCCGAAAUGUAGUAACAACCUCGACCACCUGAUUCAUCUUCAUCUCAAAGAGGGGAGUGAAGCGGG